CGCCAUUUUCCUUAUACUUUCGGAGAGAGAGAACCAGCACUUGUACCAACCAAAUACAGCCAUGUCUCAUUGAUUUCGCGCAUUUCUCGGAGACACGAUCCACCACAGAGCCCGCGCUGGCACACUCCGCGCGGGUAAUACACAAUAACGGCCAGAUAAAGAGAGAAAAGUGGUGGGGAACAAAGUAAACAGUGAAUAUUUUGGUUGGGUUUGCUGGCCUGCGGAGAAACGAUCAGUUCAUCUUGGACGUGAAAGGAGUUGGUCUUCCCAAUGAGAAACUACGGAGUUAUUUAGCCUUCUAGCCUUGCAAUUGGAAAAAAAAAUUCCUUAUCCUUAAGACACCAUGUCGUCUGCGAUUAUAGGCUGCAGAGAGUUUGUGGUGGGUGGAAAGUACCGUCUGGUGCGGAAAAUAGGGAGUGGAAGCUUCGGUGAUAUUUACCUGGGGAUCAACAUCACUAAUGGAGAGGAGGUGGCUAUUAAACUGGAAGCCAUGAAGGCACGGCAUCCUCAGCUCCUAUAUGAAAGCAAAGUCUACAAGAUCCUCCAAGGUGGUGUUGGUAUCCCACACAUCAGAUGGUUUGGUCAAGAACAGCAGUACAACAUUUUGGUAAUGGAUUUACUGGGGCCUUCCUUAGAAGAUCUCUUCAACUUCUGCAGUCGUCGCUUCACUAUGAAAACCGUUCUCAUGCUUGCAGACCAGAUGAUUGGUCGCAUAGAGUUUAUACAUAACAAGAACUUCAUUCACAGAGAUAUAAAGCCAGACAACUUUCUUAUGGGCAUUGGUCGUCAUUGCAACAAAUUAUUCCUGAUUGAUUUUGGAUUGGCCAAGAAAUACAGAGAUAAUCGGUCCCGUGCACACAUACCUUACCGGGAGGACAAAAACCUGACAGGGACCGCUCGUUACGCCUCUAUUAAUGCUCACUUGGGUAUUGAGCAGAGCCGACGAGAUGACAUGGAGAGCUUGGGAUAUGUUCUGAUGUACUUCAACCGGGGAUCUCUUCCCUGGCAAGGUCUUAAAGCUGCCACCAAGAAGCAGAAGUAUGAGAAAAUCAGUGAGAAAAAGAUGUCGACUCCUGUUGAAUCACUCUGCAAGGGUUUCCCAGCAGAGUUUGCAAUGUACCUAAACUAUUGCCGGGGGUUGAGGUUUGAUGAAGCGCCAGACUACAUGUACCUGCGUCAACUCUUCCGGAUCCUGUUUCGCACUCUACACCACCAGUAUGACUACACUUUUGAUUGGACCAUGCUUAAGCAAAAGGCUGCAUCUACUGCAGCAGCAGUAUCGGGAACCACUCCUCAACCUGCAACAACUCAGGGUACACAGAAACAGCUCUGAGGUCUUGAAUGAAGGUGAUUAAAGGAAGCCACUAAAGUAAUGAUAGUGAAUAUACUGGAUAAAUUUAUUGAAAGAAACAAGCCUAAGGUGAUCCCCUUUCUUUUUGCUGCAAGAGAACAAAGAAAUGGAGGACAUUUGCUUGAUUUAAUGGCCCGAAGCAGCGAUGGUGCAAUGAGCGUCAUUAACAGUGAGCAACAGAGAAAUGCUGGCUCGUCUGUGUUGCCCUGAUCAUCGCUGCUGUUGUUGCUUGUUGGCCACUAGUGCUGCAGGCAAUGGCCUUAGCUGUGGGCAUGAUAGUAUUCUUCUGACUUGUUCAAGAAUGAUUUAUUUGAAUUUGUGUAAUUCUAAAUGAUGUCUGAUGAAUGUAGUAGAAUGAUUCCUCAUAGGUGAAGGGAAGAUUUGCUUGUGUAAUCUUCCGUGUGCUAAUCUUGGAGAUUACAAAAAAAGCCUGUGGAUGUAUUGGUUGUUUCUGAUUUUUAAUAUAAUGACAUAGAAAGCAAGCUGAAAAUAAACUUUGAACAUGAAAGGGUCUAUCUAGCUCCGUAGUUUUUCUCUGCACGACCAGAAGUUCGUGUUGAAUUAAUUUCAUGUCAUUUACAUUUAGCCAUAUCAAAACCAUAACAUAGAAAGUUCAAUACAUGGCUACUGAGUUGAUCCUGAGUGGAGUAACAAAACCUGACCCAACCAAAAAAAAAAAAAAUGAAUAA